AUGGCAGAGGUAGUUUUGUUUAGUAUUAUUGAUAGAAUCUUAGGAAAACUAGGAAACCUAGCCCUUCAAAUGAUAGGACGGAUGUUGGGUGUCAAUGAUGAGCUUGAUAAAUUAAGGAAUAAAGUUUCGAUUAUCAAAGCUAUAUUUUUGGAUGUAGAAGAGCUUCAAACAAAGAGCCAUGAGGUUAGAGAUUGGCUUCACAAGCUUAAAGAUAUAGUUUAUGAUACGGAAGACUUACUAGAUGAUUUCUUGAUGUAA